AGUAAUUUAGCCAAAUGUCGAACUGUUCUAACGUUUGCGCGAGUGUAAUUCACUGCGUUUACUGAUUGGUCUGUUACUGAGCCAAAUCGAUGGUGAGGCAAAGCACCAUUGUAUCGUGCCAGUGUAAACCUGCUAAAUGUGCUGGCAUACAGAAUUCUGAACAAAAUGUUGUACGUCAAUGGAAAUAUUCCCCCGGAGUGUUUUCCUUUGAAGUGCUUUUCGAUGUAAUGGAUUGUCUCUCAGCACUUUUGAGGAGGAUAGAUUGCGUACUCGUCCUAAUGAAAUGUUCAUCAACGACAUUAGCGUCAUGCAGUAGCCAGCGACAGCUUGCAAAAUUUCUUAUUACAAAAGUGGAGUCAGGAUAUUAUUGAUUCGCUAAUAACUGUUAGAAAAACCCUCGUAUCAGUUACAGCAGGGUAAUAACAGAAGACCUGCUGGUAAAAGACUCAUUUGAUAUAUUCUUAAUACAAUUAUUAUUAUAAUUAUUGAAAGAAUAAUUUCACCUUAUGUCAUAGUCAGUGGCGAAACCAUAGCAAAUUAUGGAAACAAAAAUAGAAUCAUCCGAAGGUAUUGUCUCAGCUGGUGACAGUAAUGAAGUGAUAUUCGUUCAGAAGGAAGGGUUAGACACCGAGUCGGUAUCUGUGGUAAGCAUCGAUGUACCUAAUGCUAGCGGUGAGUGGCAAAAUGAUGAUGAAGUUGUGGCCGCUGCUACUUCUGACAUCGCUGCGAAAGCGGCCGCAGCGGUCGCCGCAGAAGAAGUGGCUUCUGCGACUGCGACCAUGCCCGCGGCUGCAGAAGCUGCUACUGCUGCUGCUGCUUCAAGCAUUUCGGAGACGAGAACCAGUGGAGGAGCAGAUGAUGAUGGAAACAGCAGUGUUGAUGCUGCUAAUGUUAAUGAGGGGUUUUGCCAGAGAACAACUGAAGACGAUUGCAGAUCUAAGUCGAAAGGUGGACCAGCAGCCAACGAGAAUUACGGAGACACCCGCUCUGAGUCAUCAAACUCAUCUGACAGAGAACAGCUAACUGUGGGCCACGUUACGGUGUCAUGCGUUAAGCACAAGGUUGAGUGUUCUAAGUGUGGCAGUGAAAAAUCUCUGUUUUGGCGCACUGCUAAUAACGGUGGCCUUCUUUGCGUCGCGUGCGUAAGUUCAAGCUCGAGUAAUCUAGGAAGUACCUCUGGUAACGGAAACAGUCGUUCAGUCGAACCAAUGGUCAGCAAAGAGGAUCCCGAAGAGGACGCUUCCCAAGGUGGAAGUGAAUCUCCGGCUACCCCGAUGGGUAGCGUUGAUAACGAGGAAGGUGAUGACGGACCCGAAACGGAAGAUGGACGGGGAACGAGACCGCCUAGCUUACGCAAAAGAGAAGUUCGCAAAGGCACUCGCAUGAAAACAGCAAAGAGUGUAAAGAGUUUAGUGAAAGGCCGACGAACAAUAUUGUUUAAACGAGCUCCCCCAACAAAAACUGCACCCUCCGUUGCUCACUUCAUUACAACUCCAUACGUUCGACACAAAGGCAGCUAUCUUCAGUCAGGUGACAUCGUGUCGAUGCUCGGAGAUGAUGGUGAUAUUUACUACGCCCAGUUGCGUUCGUUUCUUGUUGACCAAUUUGGCCAAUUAAGUGCGACCAUUUCGUGGUUAAUUCCUAGCGAGCGAAGUCCAGCAGACGGUUCCUUUGAUCCAGCUUCUUUCGUGAUAGGUCCAGAGGAGGAUUUUCCCCGUGAACUCGCAUCUAUGAGCUUUGAAUGUCAUGCGCCCUCGGACUAUUACCUCUCGAGGAGUAGACCAGUGUUAUUUGAUGAGCGAAAGGCCUGCAAGGCCUUCACUUGGACAUCGCUUGGCCAACCUAAGGCUAUUUCUGAUGAGAAAUCAAGUGAAGGAAGGCACCAUUUACAAGCUCAACAAUAAUAACAAAUGCGUGAUUAAUCGUAGUACAUAACAAGCUAUAACUGGGAACUUUGCAAUAAUAAUACAAACAGUUUGGUAGAGUGUGUGCAAUUUUGCGUACGAUUACUGCCAUUGUAAGAUAAACAAACUGUUUCUAAUACACAUGCAGAACAUACAACUUCAACAGAAUUGUAUUACGCACCUCAAAAUAUGAAGUUUAGCUUAAAUGUUUUUGUACCUGGGCAUUGUUUGUACUGUGUUAGUUUCAAUAACGUGAAUUUAUUUUAGGUUCAGCAGCUGUAUAGAAGUCGUUUGCCACGUACUGCUAAGCUAGAAACCCAGUAAGCCUAGAUGAAUAUGUUACAAGACAAAAGGGUCGGAAGGUAUUUGUUCUUCUUAUUCUAUUAGUUUUGCCUCUUUUGUACUCUUCGUCAUGAGUAUACGAAUCCAUAAGUAAGAAAAAAUGUCAAUUUCUUUUACAGACUUAUUUCUAGAACGAGUGGUACCGUUAUCAAGAGUUGUCCUAUCUCCUAACAUGUUGGGCGCCCGCUUUCUGUAAACUGAAUUAAGUUGGGUCGCACGCAAAAUGCAUUUGUCUUCCAGCUGCCUUCGUUCAAGGCUAUUUUAUUUUUCAUUUAUGGGUAAAUCGGAACGUGAAGUACAUGAUGGGAUGAUACUAGUAUGUAAGAAUUCACAUCGGUGUCACGUAUGUGUAGCAGGACAAUCGUAGUUAACGUUUUUCUAUGAACGUUGUGAUCCUACAAGAAUCGUCGAAGCUUCGCAUUCGUGUAGAGAUCUACGUAAGAUUUAUUACAUGAGCCCACACUAUUUUUUGGUAUCACAACACUUGUCGACGGUACAAUGACAACUACAGGACAAUACUCUGCACCGCCAGCCGCAAUAAAUGCGAAUAGAUAAUGUCACACGUUUAAUUGAACCCAAUCGUAUUAUUCACAGCUACUAAUGAUAGCUGUGAUUACUACCAGUACACAUCAUCAUUAUUCUAUAAGGGUAUGUGGUUAUUCGCUAGCAUGCUUUCUUUGUUUUGCAUAGGACUUUGCGUAACAGGUUAUGCAUAACGCGCAGCUAAACUACAAACCUCACAAAGGUCUCUAUUGGUAUUUGUUCGUCAACUGCGAAACUUUAAUAUCAGUCAAUCAAACGUGAAUAUAAAGUACGUUAAUGUAUAGUAAUGGUUUGAAUGAAACCAUUUUUUUGCCAUUUACAAAGAGGUUUCAAAUUCAAUCUACAAAGAGUGCGCAGUGUUCGAUCAUGGGAUGCCCUUGAACAGAAGCUUAUGUUAGGCCUUUGAGUUCCAAUUGAAGAAGCGUGUGAGCUUGUAGGUUGACACUGAAAUGAUGCACCCUUUUUCAUUCUCUUCUAAGUAGUGUUCUACGUUAAUGAAUUUGCUAAAAACAGAAUAAGAUAAAUAUGAGAAUGUAUUUGCUAUUGGAAAGCCAUUAACAUGCCAUUGUUUAGGUCUCAAAGAGUUUCUUCAUCACAGUUUCGUUCAGAUGUUCAUUCAUUCAUUUAUAACGCACUAAAUAAUGAGUACUUCUGGCAACCUGUUCAAAUACUAUGUAUAUAUGGAGACUAAAAUUGAAAGAAAUAUUUUUAAAAAGUUAUUGGGUUAAAGUUCGACAUGACGUGUUAAUACAGUACCAGCAUGUUCACAGACACAUACACACUGUAAAAAGUAACUUGCUGUACAUUUAUAUAUAAAGCUUCUAAGGAGUCUUGUAUGUUUGUCUGUAUUGGCUGUAUAUACGAUUGAAGUAAUUUACUUCGAACUGUACAUUUUCAAGCCACAAGAAGUGGUGUGAUCGAAAUGGUCGUAUGACUUUGAUGGAACAAGACAUAUGAGACAACAGAUUGUCGCAAAACGCAACUGCUCAACAUAUGUAAAACCACUUUAUCGUAGAAUAUAUGACAAAGGUUAAUGGCUGCUCUUUCCUGGUAAUUAGGAAAAGUACGCAGUCAAACUGCUGUUGUGAAGAUGGAGAACAGCGUGUCCAAAUAAAAUCCCAAGGCUCAUCGGUA